GAAAAUAAACGGUCCAUCGGACGCCGUCUAACCAGUGAGUAAAGGCAGAACUCAGCCCUCUGCUGAGUACUGAGAGCAGACGAGUGACCGCUGCUGUGUGUCACCGUCACCCCUUGCAUGCCGGUAGGCGUCGAAGAAUCACCGGCCAACGGCAGCAAGUCAGCAACACCAGUCGCUGCCAGAUUGAAUGGCUGUGGUUUUUGAUUGAAAUUUCUAGGUAUUAUGGAGGUCGUGGAUUGGGGGAAUUCUUUAGGGGAGAGUGUUUCUGAGGCCCGUGCACAACAUGCCAACAGCACUGAUGAAGAAAAUCACUAUGCUUCUGGGUCUGCAUCCAAGUUUCAGCCCAGGAAAAUCACAUCCAAGGCUCACUGGAAUGACCAGAUGGGCAUGGCUGAGGUGAUAGUUGAAAAGGGUAGAUAUCGGAUAUCCACGGGAAUUGUGCGCCAUAGCAAGCUUUAUUACUCUAUUGAGGAAGUUUUGUUUUUGGUUGAAAUAGGCGACUUGCUUCUCUUGGAUGAUAGUGGUACACUUUCCUUGGAAGAUAUAUAUAUGAAGAUUUCAGAUAGAAAGAAUGGGUGUUGUUGGGAGGAAUUUCAAGCUUAUAGGCAACUCAAGUCUCUUGGUUACAUUGUUGGGCGGCAUGGUAUCCCCUGGUCUAUGAAGAGUUUGAAGAGUAAUUAUGAAACUGUUUCUUCUCAAGGUUGUCCAGAAAGUGAUGAGGUGGUGGACUUGGGAUCAGAAGAGACUAGGUCUGUCAUUGGAUUGUUGAAUGGGAUGCAAAUAAAUGAAGCAAGGCUGAUUUUUGAUGUUUAUCUCCCAAAUAGCAAGUUCAGGAAGUCUUCUCCUGGUGAUCCAAGUUUUGUGCUCUGCUUUACUAGGGGUCCUCCACCAUCCAAAGCAGACCUUGAAGCCCUCGAGAGACAAUGUCAGAACAUUCCUUUGAAGGUUUGCCAUGAAGAGCAGGGGUGGGUGAGUUUCUUUUCCUUUGACAAGGUGGAACUUCCUGCCCUACCUUGACAUCUGAAGUUGAUGUUGGUUUGUACUAAAGAGGGGCAUAAAACCUAAUUGUCUUGAAUCUGCGUUGAUUUGAAAAUUUAACUGAAAAA